AUGCAGCUGCCGCCCGCGCUGCACUCCCGCCUGGUGGGGGCGCCCGGGGCGGCCGAGCCGCUGCCUGUGCAGCGGGACCCCGCGGCUGGGGCCCCGCCCUUCCACUUCGCGGCGCGCCGGGUGCGCUUCCCGCGGGACCACGAGUUUUUCGAGGACGGGGAUGUGCAGCGACACCUCUACCUCCAGGACGUGCUCACGCAGGUGACAGGGGCGCCUGAGAGGCCCAGGGUGCCCGAGUUCACCUGUCAGGUAGCAGGGUGCUGCCAGGUGUUCGACUCCCUGGAGGACUAUGAGCACCACUACCACACUCUGCACAGAAACGUCUGCUCCUUCUGCAGACGGGCCUUCCCCUCCGUCCACCUGCUGGACAUCCACAUACUGGAGUGGCAUGACUCGCUGUUCCAGAUCCUGUCCGAAAGGCAGGACAUGUAUCAGUGCCUGGUGGAAGGCUGUACAGAGAAGUUCAAGACCAGCAAAGACAGGAAGGAUCACCUGGUGAGACGUCACCUCUACCCAGCCGACUUCCGAUUUGAUAAACCGAAGAAAAGCAGAGGCCCAGCCACGCCGGUGGCCGCUGUACGAAUGUCGGCAGAAGCUCUGGGGGCUGAUGGGGAGCAGUCGGGAGGGGACGCCAUGGAAGUCUGCUCUGAACACGCAGCCCCCCUCCCAGAACCCGUGGGCGAGCGGUGGAUAUACAGCCACAGUUUCUUGUGCUUGCCCUGCUUUGGGACCCCGGAAGGCAAGGCACCCCCUCCUGUUUGCAUCGUGGCCUAAACUGGGAUAGAAGGACCACUGGCUGUAGUUGCUAAGAAUACCUUCUACCAUCUGUUUCGGUCAGGGUGCAUCACGAGGAUUUAAAAGCACCAAGAAAAGAAAGGAACACCAGUGACAAUGUGGACAGAGAGCCAUGGGCCUCCGAGCAGACCCCAAGGGGGGCGGUUGCCUUUCGCAGGACACGGGGUCAGUAGUGCGAUUUCUCUCGCCUUCUGGUGUGGCUGCCCUAGGACCCAGGCCUUUGCCACCCUUGAUCCUCGAUGCCAGUCCCUCGGUGGACCACUGUGUGACCGCAGAAGCAGUGACAGACCCACCAGUUCCAGAAGUGGUCCCGACACAUGCUCGGGAAUGAAACGGGGGCCGUCCUGAGGAUGUGCUUUGUAAACACGUAAAUACUUGCUUUUAACAGUC